UCCCAACCCUUAUGAAGGUAUGUGUCUGGGCACUCCCAAUCCUUAUGAAGGUAUGUGUCUGGGCACUCCCAACCCUUAUGAAGGUAUGUGUCUGGGCACUCCCAAUCCUUAUGAAGGUAUGUGUCUGGGCACUCCCAAUCCUUAUGAAGGUAUGUGUCUGGGCACUCCCAACCCUUAUGAAGGUAUGUGUCUGGGCACUCCCAACCCUUAUGAAGGUAUGUGUCUGGGCACUCCCAACCCUUAUGAAGGUAUGUGUCUGGGCACUCCCAACCCUUAUGAAGGUAUGUGUCUGGGCACUCCCAACCCUUAUGAAGGUAUGUGUCUGGGCACUCCCAACCCUUAUGAAGGUAUGUGUCUGGCCACUCCCAACCCUUAUGAAGGUAUGUGUCUGGCCACUCCCAACCCUUAUGAAGGUAUGUGUCUGGCCACUCCCAACCCUUAUGAAGGUAUGUGUCUGGCCACUCCCAACCCUUAUGAAGGUAUGUGUCUGGCCACUCCCAACCCUUAUGAAGGUAUGUGUCUGGCCACUCCCAACCCUUAUGAAGGUAUGUGUCUGGCCACUCCCAACCCUUAUGAAGGUAUGUGUCUGGGCACUCCCAACCCUUAUGAAGGUAUGUGUCUGGGCACUCCCAACCCUUAUGAAGGUAUGUGUCUGGGCACUCCCAACCCUUAUGAAGGUAUGUGUCUGGGCACUCCCAACCCUUAUGAAGGUAUGUGUCUGGCCACUCCCAACCCUUAUGAAGGUAUGUGUCUGGGCACUCCCAACCCUUAUGAAGGUAUGUGUCUGGGCACUCCCAACCCUUAUGAAGGUAUGUGUCUGGGCACUCCCAACCCUUAUGAAGGUAUGUGUCUGGGCACUCCCAACCCUUAUGAAGGUAUGUGUCUGGCCACUCCCAACCCUUAUGAAGGUAUGUGUCUGGCCACUCCCAACCCUUAUGAAGGUAUGUGUCUGGCCACUCCCAACCCUUAUGAAGGUAUGUGUCUGGGCACUCCCAACCCUUAUGAAGGUAUGUGUCUGUAGCUGGUGUCUGAUCAUGUCUACCAGAGGCUUACCAUACACCCUGAAGGACAUAUUUUCUCUCCCUCGUUGUAGAUUGGUCGCUACAAGGCGCCGUUCCACCAGUUGAGGAUCUCGUACGGCACCAACAAGGGG